AUGUUGAGUGUAGCAUCGGUUCUUAAGGGGCUUUUUGUCCUUGCCCCGCUUGUGGCUGCUGUCCCGAGGAAUAUUCAUGCUCGCCAGGAGAUGAGCAGUGCCUUGUCUGCGGCUGCAUCGGCGUCUGUCUCUGCUUCUGCGUCUGCGACUUCGGCGGGAGCAGCAGCACCAAAGGCAACGCUGAGCGAUAUAGAUAUCCUCAACUUUGCUCUGACUGCCGAACAUCUCGAGUCAACAUACUACAAGAUGGGCUUCGCGAAAUUCCCCAUGAGCGACUUCAUGGCCCUAGGUCUCACCGAGGCCCAGUACAAGUCUCUGCUAAACGUCGGUGCCACCGAAGCCAUCCACGUCACCACACUCAUGUCAGCCAUCGCCGGCGCCGGCGCAAAGCCCGUAGAGCCCUGCACGUACAACUUCGACGCGGCCCUCGCAAGCGCCGACUCCAUGGUCAAGACCGCCCGCGUCCUCGAAGCAGUCGGCGUAUCCGCCUACCUGGGCGCAGCACCCAUGAUCAACUCCUCCGACAUUCUCUCCGCCGCGGGCUCCAUCGUGACCGUCGAAGCACGCCACCAGGCCUUCAUCCGCACAGCCUCGGGCGCCGAAGCCGUCCCCGCCGCUUUCGACACCGCCCUCGGGCCCCGCGCGGUCUUCACCCUAGCCGCUCAGUUCAUCAAGUCCUGCCCCGAAGGCUCGAACUUGAACAUCCAGGCCUUCCCUGCCAUUGCCCUGCAGAACCCCGAGAAAGCUACCGUCGGCCAGAACCUCAAGCUUGCGGAUCCGGCGCAGCCGGCUGGUGCUUCGUUCUGCGCUUUUGUUGCUCCGGGUGGUAAUCAGUACUCUCAGAUCACGGAUGGGAACUGCAUGGUCCCGCAGAACCUGCAGGGUGAGGUGUAUAUGAUGAUCACGAAGUCGCAGUCGAUUGCGGAUGAUCAGGUGCUUGCUGGCCCUUCGGUCAUCCAGCCCUCGUAG